ACGCAUGUUUUCAUGGUUUCAUGUUGUUAUUUUUAUUUUUGUUUAAAAAGUGUAAAUAUUAAAACAUUUUGUUUGAUUUCUAGUUAAUAUAUUCGUUAUACACAAUGGUUGCGUUUAGGAAAGUAUUUCAUACAGUUUCUAAAUCAACUACUUGGUAUCCAUUGCAUAUGGCUACCGGUCUAAAAAAGAUUCAGAGGCUUCUUAGAGAUAUCGACUGUGUCGUCGAGGUACAUGAUGCAAGGAUUCCCAUAUCUGGUCGAUCGUCAUCGUUUCACCAGCAAGUUAUUUGUGGAAGACCUCAUCUUCUGGUGUUGAACAAAAUGGAUCUUAUAGAUAUUAAUUUCAAGACUGAUGUCGAUAAAAAGUUGUUAGGAAGCUGUGAUAGAAUUUUAUAUACAACUGCUAAAAAGCACACAAAAGUGAAUAUCGAACAAAUUGUUCCAAUGUGUCAGGAAAUUGUAAAAUCUAAACCUAAAUUUAACAGAGCUGAUACACCUGAAAUGAAUUUGUUGAUUGUUGGAGUACCAAAUGUCGGAAAAUCAAGUAUCAUUAACUCAUUGAGAACUACAAUCUGUGGCAAGAAGGAAGUUAUGGCUGUUGCUCCACACGCUGGGGUUACGAAAACUGUUUCAAAUAGAUUAAAAAUUAGUAAUGAUCCACCAACUUACCUUUAUGAUACUCCUGGAAUAUUAGAACCUAAUUUAUCCAUGUCUGAAUCAGCACUACGGCUUGCUGCUUGUGGACUUUUCAAGGAUGCAGCUGUUGGUGAAGUACUAAUUGCAGAUUACAUUUUAUUCUGGCUGAACAGAAGAAAACUUUUUCAUUAUUCAAAUAUUCUUGGUAUUUCUGAGCCAUCCGAUAAUAUCGUAGAAGUUUUAAGUAAAAUCGCAAUAAAUCAAAACUUUUUAUUCGAAACCAAAGAUAUGAAAACUCGAUCAAAUGCUCUUAGAUUAGACCAAAUAAGAGCAGCUAACUAUUUUAUCAAUUUGUUUAGAGAUGGAACUCUUGGAACUUACCUGUUGGAUGAUGAUUUACUCUAUCGUGCUAACGAUCCAGGAUUCAGAGUUGCUUUGUGAAACUGAAGGGAAACUUCAUUAAUUACGCAAAGUCAAUUUUGUUUUGUAAUUUUACAUUUGAUACAGUGACACUAUUGUAAACUAUUAGAAACAAAACUAUUUCUGUUUUCAAUUUAUGCAAUCAACUAGAAUUAUGAAGAUCCAAAUAGA